UUCAUUUGGAAAGGGCAUUGAGGUAAGUCCAGCCACCACCCAUAUUAUAUUUUUCUGUGAAGAAACUGAGGCAGUCAUGUGGGAAGAAAACAGCAGAAUCAUAUAGAUUUGAGAGCUUCAUCUCCUCUUUAAGCACCCUCACAUCUCUGCAGAUAGUUGAUGUAAGAAGGAGAAAGAAAAAAAAAAUUAAGAAGAAGAAGAAUAGAGAGGUAUAACAAAGAGAAAAGGCUAAGAAUUUUUCUUUUUCAUCAAAGAAUUAACCAUGGUUUCUAGGGAGAACAAGAGAGCAGCACUGCAUGAGAAGCUUCAACUUCUUCGUUCCAUUACUAACUCUCAUGCUUUAAACAAAUCCUCAAUCAUCGUGGAUGCAACCAGAUACAUUGAAGAGCUAAAACAGAAGGUAGAGAGACUGAAUCAAGAUUUAGAAGCUGCACAAACUUCGAGCCAGCAAAAUCCAUUGCCUGUGGUAACAGUAGAAACCCUAGAUAAGGGCUUUCUUAUAAAAGUAUUUAUAGAUAGGAGUUGCCCUGGCUUGCUUGUCUCCAUAUUGGAAUCAUUUGAAGAACUGGGUCUUAAUGUUCGGGAAGCUAGGGUUUCUUGUACUGAUAGUUUCCGAUUACAAGCAGUUGGAGGAGAGAAUGAAGAAGGAGAAUGCAUUGAUGCUCAGAUGGUGAAACAAGCAGUGCUGCAGGCUAUUAACAACUGGAGUGAGAGUUAUGAAGAGGAGUAAUAUAUAACAUAUAUAUAUAAUUAUAUAUCAUCAAAGUUUUCCUACUUUUAUAAAUUAAUUAUUUUUCAGCUUUGGAGAUGGCUCCAAUAUCAAUGAGUUAAAACCCAUUGAUAUAUUUUUAUUUUUCUUUAAUCUGUCAUUGAAGCUAGCUAAUUUAGAUGGAGAAUAUUGUUAAUGAGGGAUGAUAUUAGUUAUGCUCCGAAUUUAAGUCAUAGUUCGGAGAGAGAAGGCAAAUUUAGAAAUGAAAUGCAAUUGUAAAAUCAAAAUGAUUGUUAAGAGUACAAGAAUUGAAGUGUAAAAGCAUGCAUUGGCCUUUUGUUUUGUGUUCUUGCAAUGAAAAUGCAAAAUAAUUUGAAGUUUUGUUUA